GGCAGUGGCGCGAUCAAAUCGAAAAACUAACCUGAAAUGGCACUGUAACCUGAAGUGGCACUGUAACCUGAAGUGGCACUGUAACCUGAAGUGGCACUGUAACCUGAAGUGGCACUGUAACCUGAAGUGGCACUAACCUGAAGUGACACUGGAACCUGAAGUGACACUGUAACCUGAAUUGACACUGUAACCCGAAGUGGCACUGGAACCUGAAGUGGCACUGGAACCUGAAGUGACACUGGAACCUGAAGUGACACUGGAACCUGAAGUGACACUGGAACCUGAAGUGACACUGGAACCUGAAGUGACACUGGAACCUGAAGUGACACUGGAACCUGAAGUGGCACUGCAACCUGAGUGAUUGUUACUCAACAAGGGAAGACUUUUUUUUAACUUUCUUACAGAAAAAAUAUCAGUGAACAUAUAAGAAACUUAAACGUCAAUCCGGAAUAAGAAAUCACUCAUGAUAAUGACAUAUAUGUGAUCUAUGGAAACAAAAGUUUAAGAUGUAGGAACUACACAAUACAGCUUAUUGCUGCCGGGGACUACAGUCCUAAUGAAUGUGGUAAGAAACUCGCCAUGACGUUAUUAAACAUGUGACAAUUGUGAUUAUUCGCUGGUGAGUAGAGUAUAGUUACACACGAGGAAGUUGUUCAAGAGAUUCGGUAAGUGGACGAUAGCUACACAUGAGGAAGUUUCUGGGCAGAACCAGGUAACACAAAGUACUUGCAGCAGAAGACACUGAUGAAUGGUGCACUGUGAUGGAGAUGAACCACAUUCUUAACUCGCUGGGGAUGAUGGAGGCGGUGACUGACGCACAAAUGGAGAGGGAACUCUCGAUAAGCAGAGUGAUGGAUCUUGAAGUCACUACGGAAGCUCCUUGGGAAGCGGAAGGCACCACGGAGACGCUUUCGCAGACCAUCUUGGAGACGAUAAACCUCAACGUCUCCGGGUGGGAGGGCGGAUUACUACCGCAGGAGAAGUGCGACUUCCUGCUAGAGAUCAACUACUCCCUGCCCAACCUAACGUGUCUGGGCCACGCCCCAGAGUUCACUUCGGAGUCUCAGGUUCGAAGCAUCGUUCUCGCCGUCAUGGCCGCUCUCUCUCUCGUCGGGAACACUGCCACCAUCGUCAGCAUAGCCAGAGAGAAGAGGCGGUCUCGCUCUACCGUCUACACACUCAUACAUCACCUCUCCGUAGCUGAUCUCUUUGUUACCUUCGCCUGCCUAACCACAGAAUCAGUGUGGACCUUCACGGUUCAGUGGGUGGCCGGUAACUUUCUCUGUAAGCUCAUCAAGUACCUUCAGAUGUUUAGUUUGUACCUCUCCACUUUCAUCCUGGUUCUCAUCGGUGUGGAUCGCUUCACUGCCGUCAGGUAUCCAAUGAAGCGAUCUGACACUCACAGGCACUGCAGUUAUGGAAUCGUCUUCGUGUGGGUGUUAAGCGGCGUCUUGAGUAUACCACAGGCCUUGGUGUUUCACGUGGUGCGGGGGCCAUUCUACGAGGAGUUCUACCAGUGCGUUACCUACGGUCUGUACUCCCCGGCCUGGCUGGAGCAACUCUACGCAGUGUUCAGCCUCGUCUGCAUGUUCGUCCUGCCGCUGUUCAUCCUUAUCGUCACAUACGUCUCUACCUUCAUCACCUUACACAAGAGCGAGAAAGUGUUCAGGAACGAGCGUACCACCUUGGGGAACACCUGCCCAGAGUUCAACCGCCGAAGACUCCUGAGGAAGGCCAAGAUGAGAGCCUUGAGGAUCUCUGUGGUGAUCGUGCUGGCCUUCGUCAUCUGCUGGACUCCCUACUACAUGAUGAUGAUCAUCUUCAUGUUCACUCAGGUCGAGGAAAAUGUGGCGGCGGAGCUGCAGUCUGGCAUCUUCUUCUUCGGCAUGUCCAACAGUCUGGUGAAUCCUCUCAUUUACGGCGCCUUCCACCUGUGCAGGUGCCACAAGCGCAAGGCAUCGCUCAACCUCAUCAUUAUCAACAGAAAUGGAUCAAACCUCCGCUACCGAGCGAGUGGAAGGAACAGCUCCCGGUCCACAACCUGCAGGUCUUCAGCAGCUGAGAUGGAUACCUCAGUGGUGAACGUCUUCGAAGACGGGGUUCGUUACUCGUUCCGGCGACAGUCAAGCCGCCAGCGGUCGUCCAUGUCCCAUCGGGGGGGUUCGUUGGAGUCGUCGGCAGGCGGACACGGACCUCUGGCCCCACCUCGCGGGGGAUCCUUUGGGACGUCAGCAGGUGGCCACGAAGCACUGGUUCCACCACGGACAGGGUCCUUCGGGGCUUCUGCAGGAGGACACGGACCUCUUAGAAGCUCCCUUCGCUAUAGUCGGCGUUCCAAGGGCCUCCAGGCCCAUCCAUACUCUCCAAAGACUGCCCUCGGUUCUGGUCAUCACGAGGGCUUCAGCCCUUUGAGUCAGGGCCUGGAAGAGGAGGAGGAGGAGGAACAAGGGGGAACAGGGUGGCAACAGAAACAGGAGCAGCAGAAGCAGCAACAUCUCCAACACCAGCAGUUGUGCCGAGUGAACAGCAGUACAAGAAGUUCCGUGGAAUCGUGGUCUCGCAGUGACAACGAGAGUAUCAUCCCGCACUCCAAGCAGCACCAACAAUGACACUCCAACAGCUACUCACUACUGCAAGUGGAUCGCCUGCAGUGCGCUGAUACUCAGUUGUGAGUGGCUGCUGCUCAAGACAGAGGAAGGAAGCUACAUUCAGAUAACCUAUCAGGUGUAUCUAACUUCCGACCCAUUGGAAAAAAAGGAGGACAUUCAGACACAAGUUCCAGCUCACUGGUGCUUUUUUUAGCCACCUUCAGGCCCCUUCAGGACCCUGAAGGGGCCAUCAGACAAUCUUCUCUCCGUGCAAUACCAGACAGGUUCUGAAUACAAUUGACAUUCCUAAAUCGUGAGCUGGAAAUAAAGCAUUACACUGACUUGUUAUGUUGUCCUGCGUCACCAAGACGAACACUGGAAAUGUGUUCAUUAUACUGGCAUUUCACGGAAACUUUGUUCGUUGUACAAGACUUUCCAGAGGACGGCACAUAUCUGGCAGUGAGAAUUCAUAAAAAUUCCAGAAAGUGACAUUUACUGGCCAUGUGGAAACUUGGGUCUAGUAUUUCCACAAAGUUUACGGAUUCAGUCAUAAGUUCAUAGAUUCACGCAUUAAACAGAGCCAUACUUUAGUUCAUAGUCAUGCUUUCCUUCAUAGAGUCAUACUUUAGUUCAUAGCAAGGCUUUAAUUCAUAGAGUCACGUCUUUGUUCAUAGAUUCAUGACCAAAGUCAUAUUCCAAACAGUAAGUCUUACAUUCAUUUAGAUAAUUCGUGCAAUAUAUAUAUAUAUAUAUAUAUUAGUGAUCUUUGUAUACAUGUAUACAAUGUAAAGGUAUACGUUGUACUGUACAUUUAUAGCGAAAGUAAGCGCGUUAGUACCUGAGAGGGGAACACGGCACCAAUGAACAAGGGUGAACCUCCUCGCUUCACCGUGUAAGCACGCACACAGUUUGAUAUAUAUAGGAAAGACCAGGAGCUAAUACUCGACCCCCAGCAGCCACAAAUGGGUAGGUAUACACACACACACACACACACACACACACACACAGUAUUGGUAGUAGUGUAAAACGUCUUGAUGCAACAUAACCACAAGGAUGCGAGGAGGGCUCGUACCAGCGCGACUGUUCCUGGUCUUCAUCUACAGUACAUCGGGCAUAUGAGAAAUGUAUUACGGUCUUCCAAUAAGGGAUUAUUACACAAGGGUAAGUUUAGAGUACUUGGUAGACGUGGGAGAGGAAAAAAUGAAUGAAGGUUAAAUAAAUAAGCAGAGAAGAGAAUAUGAAAAGGAAAUAGAUUUCAUGAAGACAGAAAAUUGUGACAGAAAAUUAAAACGAUGGAGAUUCUAAACAGUGUCAAGAAGCCAUAGAAAGAAAAACACAAAUCAACAGUGGAAUUACAAAAUACAGAAAGAGUUCCUGAGUUGCAAAGAGACUAAAACGAGGACAGGAAUGUCGCCUCGUGAUACAAACAUGUCCAGAAAGAAUUAUAACAAGGAGUAAACUAACUGCGUCUGGCUGAAGCGUUAAGACUUACUGCUUUAUAAGUAAUAGCCACACUAGACCACUAUGCUGUGUCACGACAGAGCGAUGCAAGAGGUGACAAGUGUGGAACUCACAAAGCCAGUUGUACGUAAAUAAAAGUUGCUGCGAGUCUUGUACGAGAGAGAGAUCGAUAAGGAGAGAGACACUGUUAGAUUAAGUCUAAAGACUAUCCGACUACAUGAAGGUCAUAAAGGAUGCAUGUAACCUAUUCGCCACCUGUCGUGAAUCCUUUAA